AAUAUCUGUCUCUGGGGAAGAAAGAGGAAAGAAAGAGAAAGGUAGAGAAUGGGAAUUUCGAGCGGUAGCAGAGAUGCAGAAGCGAAUUCCCUUUUACUAUCUUCCACUGCUACGAAAAUACCAAAAGACUCCUUCCACCUUGCCUACAUCGUCUAUUUCACCUUAGGCGCCGGUUACCUACUCCCAUGGAAUGCUUUCAUCACAGCCGUCGAUUACUUCACCUACAUCUACCCAGACACCAGUGUCGACCGCGUCUUCGCCGUCGUCUACAUGUUCGUCGGUUUGACCUUCCUUCUCAUGAUCGUCGUCUGGGCCCACAAAUCCAGCGCUUUCAUCCGCAUCAAUGUCGGCCUGGCGCUCUUCAUCGUCUCGCUUCUGGUCGUCCCUGUCAUGGAUCUGACCUACGUGAAGGGAAGGGUGGGACUCUAUUCUGGCUAUUAUGUGACGGUCGCUGCGGUCGCGCUCUCCGGCGUGGCAGAUGCGUUAGUUCAGGGCGGGGUCAUUGGCGCUGCCGGAGAGCUUCCUAAUCGCUACAUGCAGGCUACUUGCGCGGGAACGGCUGCAUCGGGCGUGCUUGUCUCGAUUAUGAGGAUCAUAACCAAAGCCAUCUUCCCACAAGAUGCUCGUGGCUUAAGAUGCAGUGCAAACCUCUACUUUGGUGUCAGUAUCGUAGUUAUGGUGAUAUGUUUUAUUUUCUACAACGUGGCAGACAAGCUUCCAGUGAUUCAAUACUACAAGGAAUUGAAAAUGGAGGUAAUGAAUGAGCAAAUAACCGAGAAAGGUUCCCUGACUGGAUCCGCAUGGAGAUCAACCUUGUGGGGCAUCGUAGGAAGAAUGAAAUGGUUUGGGUUUGGUAUCUUCCUCAUCUAUGUUGUAACUCUCUCCAUAUUUCCAGGAUAUGUUACAGAGGAUGUUCACUCACAGGUCCUCAAGGACUGGUAUCCAAUAAUUCUCAUUGCCGGCUACAAUGUGUUUGAUCUGGUGGGUAAGUCUCUGACUGCAUUUUAUCUCCUCGAGAAUGCAAACAUUGCAGUUGGUGCCUGUAUUGCAAGGCUGCUAUUCUAUCCUCUGUUUCUGGGUUGCUUGCAUGGUCCCAAAAUUUUCCAAACGGAGACUCCAGUUGUUGUACUGACAUGUCUUCUUGGGCUAACCAAUGGCUAUUUUACAUCCGUGUUAAUGAUACUUGCUCCAAAAGCUGUCCCGUUACAGCAUGCGGAGACUGCGGGGAUUGUGAUUGUGCUGUUUUUGGUUAUUGGCUUGGCGGUUGGUUCAAUAGUUUCUUGGUUUUGGGUCAUCUGAUCCCAUGACUGCAUUCACUGCCCAUUUCAGAUUUACAUGUUCAUUCCAUCUUUGUCCCUGGCUGGGGUUCAGGAUGCUUUGGUAUUAUACUAUUAUUCCAUCUGUAAUAUUGUAUAAGACUAUCAAUAUGUUAUUUUUCCUUCAUUGUAUGGAACUCAAGGCUAACUAGAUGAAGUGUUUUCUUUCCUGAUAACAAGUGCAGCCAUUUCUGUUUUUA